GUGGCUAGACAGGUGUAGGGACCCUGGGGACUCAGAAUCGAGUGCCACUCUCCUUUAGAUUAUCUCAACUCCGUUUGCCAUCAAUUACUGAUUGAAGCCAAACAAUCAAACCGGGAUUGCUGUCUACUGCCUUUACAGUACUCUCUCACUGCAUUACCAAUGCGAGGAUACUGUCUGUGUAUACAGUCAGCGAGUAAACGGACAGGAGGCGAGCAUGUAAAAUAGUCACUGCCAAAAUGGACAAAGGGAACUAUAUCAUUGCUUCGCUUCUUUUUCAACUGAUGGACUUAAUAUGCGGACAAUUAUUUCCAGGCAGCUGUUCGUUUGAAGAGCACUAUAGCAGCUGUGGCUACAGUGUGGCCCUGGGGACCAAUGGCUUCGCCUGGGAGCAAGUCAACACUUGGGAGAGGCCCACUAUGGACGCGGCUGUUCCCACAGGUUCUUUCAUGGUGGUGAACGGCUCGGGCCGGGCGUCGGGGCAGAAGGCCCAUCUGCUCCUACCCACCCUGAAGGAGAAUGACACCCACUGCAUCGACUUCCACUACUCUCUAUCCAGCCGCGAUGGCUCCAGUCCCGGGGUGCUCAACGUCUACAUCAAGGUGAACGGCGGCACCCAGGGAAACCCUGUGUGGAAUGCCUCCGCCUCGGUGACAGAGGGCUGGGUCAAGGCCGAGCUGGCAAUCAGCACCUUCUGGCCCAACUCCUAUCAGGUGAUAUUCGAGGCCAUAUCCAUACAGGGCCAUCCAGGGUUCAUCGCGGUGGACGAAGUCCGAGUAUUGGCCCACCCGUGCCGGAAAGCACCUCACUUCCUGCGGCUGCAGAAUGUGGAGGUGAACGUGGGCCAGAACGCCACCUUCCAGUGUACUGCUGGGGGGAAGUGGUCCCAACACGACCAACUGUGGCUACAGCAGUGGAACGGUAAAGAUACAGCCCUCAUGGUGACGCGGGUGGUGAACCACCGACGUUUCUCAGCCACCGUCAGUGUCGGGGAUACGUCCCAGAGGAGCACCAGCCGCUACCGCUGCGUCAUCCGCUCCGAUGGCGGCUCCGGGGUUUCCAACUACGCUGAGCUCAUCGUCAAAGCUCCCCCCACACCUAUAGCCCCUCCGGAGCUCCUGGCGGUGGGUGCUACCUACCUGUGGCUCAAGCCCAACGCCAACUCUAUCAUCGGGGAUGGCCCCAUCAUCCUGAAGGAGGUGGAGUACCGCACCACUACAGGCAACUGGGCCGAGACCCACAUCGUGGACGCCCCCACCUACAAGCUUUGGCAUUUGGACCCCGACGUGGAGUACGAGAUCAAGGUUCUGCUGACCCGGCCCGGCGAGGGGGGCACAGGACCUCCAGGACCUCCGCUCAUCACCCGGACCAAGUGUGCUGACCCAGUCCACGGGCCUCAGAAUGUCAAUGUGGUGGACAUUCGGGCCCGCCAGCUCACCCUGCAGUGGGAGACAUUUGGCUACGCCGUGACGCGCUGCCACAGCUACAACCUGACAGUGCAGUACCAGUAUGUGUUCAACCAGCAGGAGUUUGCCGCCGAGGAAUUGAUCCAGACAUCAUCCCACUUCACCUUGCGGGGCCUGAGGCCCUUCGUCACUGUACGCCUUCGCCUGGUCCUCGCCAACCCAGAGGGAAGCAAGGAGAGCGAGGAGAUCGUCAAGCAGACAGAGGAGGAUGUUCCUGGCUCUGUUCCUUUGGAAUCCAUCCAGACCGGACCGUACGAGGAGAAGAUCUUCAUGCAGUGGAAGGCACCUAACGAGACCAAUGGCGUCAUCACGCUCUACGAGAUCACCUAUAAGGCUCUGAGCUCCUUGGACCCCAGUGCAGACCUGACCACCCAGCGUGGCAGGGUGUUCAAGUUACGCAACGAGACCCAACACCUGUUCGUGGGGCUCUACCCGGGCACCACGUACUUCUUCACCCUCAAAGCCAGCACCAACAAAGGCUUUGGACCCCCUGUAACCACCCGCAUCGCCACCAAGAUAGCAGCCCCAUCAAUGCCGGAGUACGAGACAGACAUUCCCCCUCUGAAUGAGACGGACACCACCAUCACAGUUCUGCUGAAGCCUGCGCAGUCCAGAGGAGCUCCCGUCAGUGUCUAUCAGCUGGUUGUGAAAGAGGAACGCAAGCAGAAGGUGCGGCGGGCGGCCGACGUGCUGGAAUGCUUCUCCGUCCCGGUCAGCUUCAAGAAUGCCUCCAUCUUGGAUUUGCCCCACUACUUUGCAGCGGAGCUCCCGCCUACAUACCUGACUGUGGUGCAGCCUUUCAGCGUAGGUGACAACAAGACCUACAAUGGCUACUGGAACCCCCCUCUCUCUCCAGCCAAAAGCUACAGCAUUUACUUCCAAGCCCUGAGCAAAGCCAAUGGGGAAACCAAAAUCAACUGUGUGCGACUGGCUACUAAAGGCGCGUCCACCCAGGACUCAGACGCUGUGGAGCCCGAAAAGCAGGUGGACAGCACUGUCAAGAUGGCCGGUGUCAUCGCGGGCAUUCUCAUGUUCAUCAUCAUUCUACUGGGAGUGGUUCUCACCUUCAAACGCAGAAGAAAUGCAUAUUCCUACUCUUAUUACCUGAAACUGGCCAAAAAACAGAAGGAGACAGCCAGCAGCAGCAGCACCCAGAGGGAGAUGGGACUGGUGAGCACGGCUGAUAAGAGUACCACCAAAGUCAGCACUCUGCACAAGGACGACCCCUUCUCCACCAGCAGCCAGGACAUCAACGGUUUCACAUCCCCCUCUCCCUGCUCCUUCUCUCUGCAAGGCAAAACGCUGCAAAGCAAAUCCCUCUUGAAUUCCUACUACUCAGUGUCGAAGGAGCCAGUCCCUGCAACAGCAUCCAUUGACAGCAGCCAUAGUGAGAUGGCCCAGCCAUCGUUGACCAUCCAGACGUACCCGUACGGGGGCUGUGAGUCAGUGGAGAUGUCCUACCAGGCCGGCCAGUUCCAGCCGGCCAUCCGUGUAGCCGACCUCCUCCAACACAUUACCCAGAUGAAGUGUGGCCAGGGAUACGGCUUUAAGGAAGAGUAUGAGGGCCUGACCGAAGGACAGGCGGCCCCAUGGGAGACCGCCAAGAAGGAUGACAACCGCAACAAGAACCGAUAUGGCAACAUCAUCGCUUAUGACCACACUCGAGUCAGGCUGCAACUGCUGGACGGAGACCCCCACUCAGACUACAUCAACGCCAACUACAUAGACGGGUAUCAUAGACCAAGACAUUACAUCGCUACACAAGGCCCCAUGCAGGAGACAGUGAGAGAUUUCUGGAGGAUGAUCUGGCAGGAGAAUUCCGGCAGUAUUGUCAUGGUUACCAACCUGGUGGAAGUGGGCAGGGUGAAGUGUGUGAGGUACUGGCCUGACGAGACCGAAGUGUACGGAGAUGUCAAGGUGACACUGAUCGAGACAGAGCCACUGGCCGAGUAUGUCAUCCGCACCUUCACAGUACAGAAGAAGGGCCACCACGAGAUUCGAGAGAUCCGUCAGUUCCACUUCACCAGCUGGCCUGACCACGGGGUACCCUGCUAUGCCACCGGCCUCCUGGGCUUCGUCCGCCAGGUCAAGUUCCUCAACCCGCCCGACGCUGGCCCCAUUGUGGCCCACUGCAGUGCCGGGGCUGGAAGGACAGGCUGUUUCAUAGCUGUGGACAUCAUGCUGGAUAUGGCUGAGAACGAGGGAGUGGUGGACAUCUUCAACUGCAUCCGGGAGCUGCGCUCACAAAGGGUUAACAUGGUGCAAACCGAGGAGCAGUAUGUUUUUGUCCACGACGCCAUCCUCGAAGCCUGCCUGUGUGGAAACACGGCCAUCCCAGUCUGUGAAUUCAGAGCCAUAUACUACAACAUCAGCAGAUUGGACCCACAGACCAACUCCAGCCAAAUUAAGGAUGAAUUUCAGACUCUGAACAUCGUGACUCCCCGGGUCCGGCCUGAAGACUGUAGCGUGGGACUGCUCCCCCGGAACCACGACAAGAACCGCAGCAUGGAUGUCCUGUCUGUGGAUCGAUGCUUGCCCUUCCUCAUCUCCGUGGACGGAGAGUCCAGUAACUACAUCAACGCUGCCCUCAUGGACAGCCAUAAACAGCCAGCAGCCUUCAUCGUAACCCAGCAUCCACUGCCCAACACGGUGGCCGACUUCUGGAGGCUGGUGUUCGACUACAACUGCUCCUCGAUAGUAAUGCUCAACGAGAUGGAUGCCGCACAGUUGUGCAUGCAGUACUGGCCCGAGAAGAGCUCCUGCUGCUAUGGCCCCAUCCAGGUGGAGUUCAUCUCAGCCGACAUCGACGAAGAUAUCAUCAACCGCAUCUUCAGGAUCUGCAACAUGGCCAGGCCCCAGGACGGUUACCGUUUGGUGCAGCAUUUCCAGUUCAUUGGCUGGCCUGCUUACCGCGACACGCCCCUGUCCAAGCGCUCUAUCCUGCAGCUGGUGAGACGUCUGGCCAAGUGGCAGGAGCAGUACGACGGGGGAGACGGACGCACCGUGGUCCACUGCCUGACGGGUGGUGGACGGAGUGGUACCUUCUGUGCCAUCUGCAGCAUCAGUGAGAUGAUCCAGCAGCAGAACAUUGUAGACGUGUUCCACACCGUCAAGACACUGAGGAACAACAAAUCCAACAUGGUGGAGACUAUGGAACAGUAUAAAUUCUGCUAUGAAGUUGCUCUGGAGGCCCUUAGCGCAUUCUGAGAGACUGCCUCUCGUGUCCGUGGGACACAGUGCUGACUGCAGAAACACCAACCCAUCCGAGGCAGGGGAUGUGUGGGUGCAACCACACACACAUGAAACUGUACAGAAGAAGAAAAAAAUGCCCUACACACUGGGUUCAUGUGCGCACUUCUGCAAGACUGGGACCGCUUUUGUUUGUAUAAAGAAAAAAUGAAAUGACAACCUCAACCCUUUUCUUCUUUCUUCAGUGUCCAUCUUGAACUGUGAUGUGAUCUUGUACCAGUCAUUUCCUUUUUAGAUAUAUGCCUUGAAUGUCACACCCUCAAUGUAAAAGUACAACCCUGGAAGAUUAGCUGAGAUCAUGGGGAUCCUAAUAACAAUACAUGCAGACCAACCAACAGAACCGAUACCACCAGACAGACAAAGACAGAAGAUUCAAACUCUCCCUGGCUUUGCACCUCUUUUUAAUGAACCUUAAUAACGACUGUAUUAUAUGCCCCCCCUUCUACGAUUGAACAUAAAAUGGCAGAUACAUUUUGUAAUUCUCUGGAUUUUGUGGUUCUUGCAACAUGUUUACAUCCAUGUUCACACACUGAUUUUCUCACAUUCGCAAUGUGAUGUCUUCAGUCAACGUUUGUUUUGAUAUUGUGGCAUGUUCUCAUCAUUCUGGUGUCCCAUGGCUCUUGUGCUAUGCAGACAAUCAUGAAUUCUGAGGCCCAUUCUGGUUUUCUCCGUUGAAAGGGAGAGUCAGUCAACGCUUUAGCAUUCUAUGCUGGCGCUACGUAUACAGUAUUCAUCAAAGCGUUCAUGCGUUUUGUAUUUUGCACUGCUUUAUCUUCAAACACCCAUUCAACUCUUGUGUAAUUUGAUCGACAGUGCCAUAUUCACAUCUUUAAGCACACGUACGAUUUUAACCAAAUUGUGAAGAAACGUGUUAGCCCGAAGGAUGGAGUGGGAUAAUGUUCUAGUAAUAUGCACCUCAAGCUUGUCAAAUACUGUAGCAGCCCCUGCCCUACUGUUGCCCAACCUCAGGUUUUGGUGAGAAGAAUACUUUGCUUUUCAUCCUUGAUCAUUCUGCGCCCAUACUCUAGGAGCAUUUUGGCUUUGUGUAAGGAUGUCCUAAUAUGGACACCAUACUUGUGUUCUGCCAUUACUCUCUCCCUAUGCAUCUAAUACUGUCAUCUGUUUGACAUAGAAACAGAAUCCAGAAUCUGAAAUUGUGAACCCAACUCUUGAAUGAGGCAGGGAUUUGAUCCAAGCGCUCUAGUUUUAUAGGCAAUGUUACCGCGUUUGCAUAAAUCACAUUCAAGGUAGACUGCAGAUGUUGGCUCAUUUGGAAAUGACCUAUAAAUUACAAGCGUUCUAUGGUGCGAGUCCCAGCCUGAAUUUUGCAAGCUAACUGUUUUAUUUUUAUUUGUUGUGUUUUCUGUCCAUUGAAUGGUUUUAGUACAGUGUUGUAUAGGGCUUUUUCAGUAGAAUGUUUUGCUCAACAUGGACAGUGACUUGAAGAAGUCUUACAUCAACUCACAGCGUAGUUGUACUAUUGACAUGCGGUUGUUUGGUGACUGAAAGCACAAAGAGAAACAGUGUUGGAUUUUGAAUGGAAGAGAGGAUAAUGUGAAUGCAAGUUGUUUUCCUUUUUUUCCCGAUAGGCUUUAUUAGGCUUUUCAUAUCUCCACUAGCUGUGUUAUAUUUUGUUUUCCUCCUUUUUUUCUUGAAUUUGUCUAACUUUUUUUUUUUUUUUUUUUUUUUGUCUAGCAAAGUGAUAUUUAGAACUGGUGAUGAAAUUGCCAUGGUUGUUUUGUUGUUAGAAAAUGUGGUAACAUCAAAUAAAGGGACCAAAA